CAACCCGGAAGUGGCAGAGCGGUCCGCGCCGAGCGGCUCAGAGGCGCUUUUAUCAAAUCAAAUCAGCUACGAACCGUCUUUUUUUCCCGUCUUCAUAAGGUUUUGUCCGUAAACGCGCCGCCUUCCCGGUAAACCCCCUGUUGGUCGGCAUGAAUCUCGGAGACGGCCUGCUGUUCGAACUGGAAAAUGGAAAACCCAAGUUGAUCUUACUCAGUCGUGGCGUUGAGAAGAAUCCAGCAAAGCAGCUGUCCUUCCGGCCCAGAGCGGCUCACGUCCUGAGCUCCAGGCAGCCGUCCUGUGUGGAGGAGGCGCAGGGAGAGGAGCGUCCAGCCCGGCAGCAGCAGGCAGGAAGGCCCAGAGACGCCAAGGGCAAAGCGGGAGGAGCAGCCCCCUCCUUCACCUCCACCUGCAGCGGGGGGAGGAGCACCACUCUGACAUCAUCCAAGAUGCAUCACAAAGGACCGAGCGCCAAAGCGGAGGCCAAGGUGAAGACCGACAGACACCAACGGGGCCCGGCGGUCGGCUCCCUGAGGACCGACGGGAGACCAGGGCGGCCUCAGAACAGCGGGCCGCGAGUCGCUGGAAAGGAGGGACUGACGGGCCCGUCGGCCAAUGGGGACGCAGGGCCGAAGGAGAGCGUGGUGUGUCUGACCAAUCAGCAGCUGCAGAAGAUCCUCCACACAGUCCAGACCUCCAGCGUUGGUCAACACCCACCAGAGAACCCCCGGACUCAGGUAAAUCAAAACGACUCAAAAGAAACUGUUUCCUCAACAAAUGGAGAUGAUGGAGGAGGAGGAGGAGGAGGAGGAGGAGGAGAGAUGAAGGAGGAAGAUAGAGGAGGAGGAGGAACUGACUCAAGUGGAAGAUCACGGGAUAAAGACAACAGGCCGUCUGGAUGUCCGUUCAGCUGGCUGGAGGAGCGGCACUCGGACAGCAGAGCGGCCAUCGACGCCAAGAAGGCUCUGUGGAGGAGGGAGCUGGAUGAACAAGUGGCGUUGAAGCAGCAGUGCUCGGCUCCCGGCAGACUCCAGGCUGAGGAGGACACAGAGAGUGUGUUCUCCGUCCAGAGCUCCCUCAGCCACAGAGAUCAGCCUGCAGCCAUCAGGUCCAGCCUCAGACUCGGGGAGGUCACGCCGAUGGAGGAGGUGCUGAGCCUCGAGAGGAGAGAAGCUCAGAGGAGACGCUGGCUGGAGGAGCUGGACCAGCAGAGAGAGGAGACGAGUGAACGCAGGAGACGAGAGAAACUGCUGCAGAGCCAGACGGAGGACCACGAGCUCUGGGCGACACACUUUGACUCCAUGCAGAGACGACCUCCGGUCCAGGCUGAGGCUCCGUCAGCUCCGUCAGCGCUGUCCAUGGCCUCUGAGCGGGGGGGGUGGGAGCCCUCGUCCAGCCUGUCGCUGGUCUGGGAGGCCACGAGCAGCUGCGGAGCAGAGAGUGUGGGCGGAGCCAGCGUAGAUGCAACCAGCGGAUACCUGGCCAGAGCCAGCUAUCUGAGGACCAUGACCGCCCUGCUGGACCCCGCCCAGAUAGAAGAGAGAGAGAGGAGGAGGCUCAAGCAGCUGGAGCAGCAGCGAGCGAUCGAGGCCCAGGUGGAGGAGCGUCGGCUGCAGAGGAGGAGAGAGGAGGCGAGGAGGAGAGAGGAGUUGGAGGAGGACGAGAGGAAGGUGGCGCUGGAGAGAGAGAUGCUGGAGCGACAGUACAAGCUGGACACGCUGAGGGAGAGGCAGAAGGUCGGCACACAAACGUCGAGCAACCAGGCGGAGACGGAGACGGUGCACGACGACCACGACGACCACCACGACGACCACGGCGACCACCACGACCACCACGACGACCACGGCGACCACCACGACGGGAGACGGCAGGAGGCGCCAGAGACCAGCGUUACCAGGAAGAGCGAGUGUUUGGAGGAGGACGUCAACAACGACACCACUGGUCCAGCUCCCUCUCUACCGCUCAGAGUUCAGACUCCUGGUGUCUCUGCUCAGUACCAGCCUCCUCCUCUUCUCUCUGCUGCUCCUCCAAACGUCAGGAACCGAGCGGUGAGAACAGGCAAGGAGAACGUCUGUCUGUCUGGAGGAGGAGGAGGAGGAGGAGGAACAGGAGGAAGAACAGGAGCAGGAGCAGGAGCAGGAGGAGGAGGAGGAGGAGGAGGAGACGACCCAUAUGAAGCGUUUGCCAGGACCGAGAGGAGCAGGGGGGACAAGAGGAGGCCGGAGUGGAACACACAGAGGCCCAGCCGGCGCUUCGUUCCAGCCUCGGAGCGUUACCCGGCUCCUCUGCAGAGGAACCGACAGGAGAGUCGACAGAGGAGGCAGGCUGAGCUCCUCGCUCUGCAGGAGAGGACUUGUCUGUCCAGGACCGACCCCCCUCCUCCUCCUCCUCCUCCUCCUCAGCACCAGGAGCCUCGUCUCUGCUCCAACCCCACGCAGACCAGAACCAGUCCCACCAGGAGGGUGGAGAACGGUUCCAGAGGACAGAACAUCUUAGCAGUCAUCAACACUGAAAGGGGGCGCUCUCCUCCAGACCCCACUGCCAGACAGAGAGUUCAGAGUCAGCAGGCGGCUUCCUCCUCCGCCCCUCCUCCUCCUCCUCUUCUUCCUCUGGAGUUCAUUCCUUACGUCCGGAGUGAUGAAGUCUUCAACAUGGAUCCCCUGGAGCCUGCUGACACCCCCCCACCGCACACACACACAGCUCCUCCUCAGAGCUCCGCGUCUCCUCCUUCACAUCGACUCCUCCACUCUGAACCGCUUCGUAACGCACAGACACAACGACAGCAAGAGAUCCUCAGGGGCCUGGCCCAGCUACGGCAGGGUUUAUUACAGAAGCAGAGGGAGCUGGAGACGGAUCUGAAUCCUCUCCUGAAGCGCCAUGACAACGAGCACCGGCCGCCCGCGGCAAUGAAGCGCAAGUGACCUCUGACCCCUGCUCCAUGUGUGUGUGUGUGUGUACCAGUCGUCAUGGAGAACAUUACACAGAACGAAGGAGCUUGUUCAGUUAGAGACUGAACGUUCAAUGUGCCACAACAGAGUUUUCAAAGUAUGAAAGUGAAAGAUAUUCUUGAUUCGGGUCGUUUCAGGAGGAGGAAGUGAUCUGGUCCAUUUUCAGAAGAAAUAUAAUUGUUUUCUUUCCUGUUUUUAGGCUAAUCUUUCCGAGAAAUCAGUGAAACAGGUAUAAUACUAAUUGUGGCCACCAGAGGCUUAGAAAAUGGAUCACCUAAUCAUAGUUUUUUUGGGGGAGUCUCAUAACAUUCUCAUAUAAAAACUCUAUUAUAUGAAAUCCGUCUGUGAGCAUCUUAACACUGACAACAAGGUGUUAUUUGUGCAAAUGUUUAUUUACCAACAAACAAUGUUGACUCUAAAAUACAUUUUUACUGUUUUGAAGUAUUUUGAACUUGGUUUAUUAUUCAUAUUGUGAGUCUAAAGGGAGACGAUCCACGGUCCGGGUUCAUAUUUACUCGACUACCUUCGGCCGUGACGGGCAGCUGAACAGACGUCGUCGUAGUAACGGUGACAAACAGUUACGCAACACCUGUUAUUAAAAACUUAGAGGAACGUGUGGAAUACAAAACUAAAAGUAUAACUUUAAUCUGCUCCGUCAGUUCUACCUCACGUCAAAAUCAUAAUAAUAAUGUUCGUCACUCACUGGAUUCAUUUAUGGAACAUUUCAUGUGAAGAUUGUUUUUUAAAAUUCCGUUUUGAAUGCACUUGUCAUAAGAAUCACACUUUACCAAACGGGUAAAGAGUUUUACCUUAUUUCAUUUUUUUUUAAUAAUUAUUAUAAAAAAUAUUUUAUUCAUAAAAUCAUGAAUAAAAUAGGAGUUGUUGUUGUUGUUUCUUCAGCUUCCUGCUGGCCGAGGAGCUCCAUGUUUCUUUAUGCUUCUGUUUUUUUUGGUGUAUUUUUCUUAUUUAUUGCAAAUUAAAUAAAUUAUGCAAAGUGU